GAGCAUAUGCUGCUCCUUUUUCCUCCCCAUGGCAGUUUUACGCCCCAAACUGUAAAUAAUAUUUUGUCCAAUCAGCCCAACAAAGCUCGUACCCUCGAGAAACACUUUUGAUGACUGCCAUAUGCUUUCUUAAUCGCCUUUGCGAUCGCUUGUAGAAGUCGCUUCCUUUGUGUUGGUUUCUUUUGCAACACUUUUCGAGACAAUGGAGUCUCUUCGCCAUCAGCGCUUGCAGCCCGGUAUCGGAUACGGAGCGAGCGCGACAGGGACUCUCCGUUCCCUGCGGCCCGGUGUUACCGGUACCCUUUCUUCGGCGCAGGGUUCACACGUCUCGGUGUCUGCCUCACCGGGGCCGCCGCCACCCCCACCACCACUUCAGCUCCACAGCCUCGGGUCCGGUUUUAUGGGCAGCGGGUUCGGGUCGGUGGACAUGGCGGCGGGUCUGGGUCUGCCCAACCCCACCAACCCGGCGGUUCUGAGGGAGGCUGUGGACGCCGUGGUGCGGAGCUUCGCCAAACACACGCAGGGAUACGGCAGAGUGAACGUGGUGGAGGCUCUGCAGGAGUUCUGGCAGAUGAAGCAGUCCCGAGGCGCUGACCUGAGGAACGGAGCUCUCGUGGUCUAUGAAAUGGUCCCGUCCAACAACCCUCCAUACGUCUGCUACGUCAGUCUCCCCGGCGGCAGCUGCUUCGGCAGUUUUCAGUUCUGCCCGACCAAAGCUGAGGCAAGACGCAGCGCAGCCAAAAUCGCCCUGAUGAACUCUGUUUUCAAUGAGCAUCCGUCGCGACGCAUCACUGAUGACUUCAUAGAGAAGAGCGUGUGUGAGGCGCUGGCUUCUUUUAACGGAAACAGAGAGGAAGCUGAUAAUCCAAGUACAGGCAUUGGCGCUUUUCGGUUCAUGUUAGAGUCCAAUAAAGGGAAAUCAAUGCUAGAGUUCCAGGAAUUGAUGACAGUUUUCCAGCUUCUCCAUUGGAAUGGAAGCCUCAAAGCCAUGAGAGAAAGACAGUGUUCCCGUCAGGAAGUUCUGGCUCAUUACUCCCACCGAGCACUGGACGAUGACAUGCGCACACAGAUGGCCGCCGACUGGGUGAGUCGAGAGCACACUUUAUCCGGGACUAUCAAUCGAGAGAUGGCGGCGACAGAGCGCGAGCUGGAGGAGGCGCGUCUGGCAGGACGAGAGCUGCGCUUCUAUAAGGAGAAGAAAGACAUUCUGCUGAUGGCGGUGGGGCAGUUAGGUGGGUCUAACACUACAACCCUGCCCUGCACAUGCUGAAGAGUCCGAAGACGCAGCCUAUGAUUGUACCAGACAGCACUCCAAAACUCAAUCUGUCUUUUAUAUAUGUGUGCGUAUGUGUGUGUUUGUGUGUAAGAGUCAGCAUUUUGAAUUAUUAUGCAGGCAAAAACCAUCAUGAUGAAUGAUAUUUGUUUGUUUGAGAUCUGAAUAUGUAAGGAGUUUUGAACUUGAAUCUAAAUCAAGUGCUAUAUUUCUAUUAUUACUAUACCAGUAUUAUCCUCCAGUGUUAUCGAUCGACUGUACUAGCACAUGGACCGACUCUAGCUAUGUUUCUGUCCAUGUAUUUUUGAAUAAUUUUAGA